AUGGAAAAUGAAGAUACAUAUUCAGAUGCGAAAGAGAAGCUUGGAUAUUUGGAUCCACCGAGAAAGGUGAACGGAAAACACACACCUCAAGGGAGGAUUAAUUCCAGUCUUUUACAGGGGGAUGACUCUGUACGGCGAAACAUAUGUCAGGGAGACAACAGGAAUGAGCGCACCGCAAACGGGGAGAUUUUCACUGAAAUAUCAGUAAUUAAUAUUCAACAAAGGUUGUGGGACAGAAUAUAUAAAUGCCUGGAGUGCGGAAAAAGUUUCAGGCAGAGAGCACACUUUGCUUCCCAUCAAAGAAUUCACACAGGAGAGAAACCAUAUAAAUGCCUCGAGUGUGGGAAAAGCUUCAGGCGAAGUUCCAGACUUACUUCCCAUCAGAGAAUUCACACAGGGGAGAAACCAUAUAAAUGUUUGGAGUGCGGAAAAUGUUUCAGACAGAAUCCAAACCUGAUUGCCCACCAAAGGACACACACAGGGGAGAAACCAUAUAAAUGCCUGGAGUGUGGGAAAAGUUUCAGCCAGAGUUCCAGUCUUACUUACCACCAAAGAAUUCACACAGGGGAGAAACCAUAUAAAUGUCUGGUGUGUGGAAAAACCUUCAGUGUCAGUUCUACUCUUAUUACCCAUCAAAGAAUUCACACAGGUGAAAAACCAUAUAAAUGCCUGGAGUGUGGAAAAAGUUUCUGUGACCGUUCCACUCUGACUAACCAUCGAAGAAUUCACACAGGGGAAAAACCAAAUAAAUGCCUGGAGUGUGGAAAAUGCUUCAGUGAAAGUUCUGGUCUUGCUUCCCAUCAAAGAAUUCACACAGGGGAGGAGCGAUACAAAUGUAUGGAGUGUGGGAAAAGCUUCACUAAAAGUUCCACUCUUACAUCCCAUCAAAGAAUUCACACUGGAGAGAAACCAUACCAGUGCCUGGAUUGUGGAAAAAGCUUCAGUCUAAGUUCCAGUCUUACUUCUCAUCGAAGAAUUCACACAGGGGAGGAACGAUACAAAUGUAUGGACUGUGGGAAAAGCUUCACUAAAAGUUCCACUCUUAAUUCCCAUGGAAGAAUUCACACAGGGGAGACCCCAUACAAAUGCCUAGAAUGUGGGAAAAGCUUCAAUCGAAGUUCCAAUCUUGUUUCCCAUCAAAGAAUUCACACAGGGGAGAAACGCUACAAAUGCAUGGAGUGUGGGAAAAACUUCACUCACAGUUCCACUCUCAGGUCCCAUCGAAGAAUUCACACAGGAGAGAAACCAUAUAAAUGCCUAGAGUGUGGGAAAAGCUUCAGUCACAGUGGAAGCCUUACUUCCCAUGGAAGAACUCACAAAGGGAGAACCCAUAUAAAUGCCUGGAGUGUGGGAAAAGCUUCACUUAAACCGUUCAUUGUUCCUCAGUCUGAAGGGUGUUGGGGCGAUGUCCCUGGCCGCAUUGAUCGGCGGUGA